GAACGUUUUGUAGUUACUCGGCAUUUUUUGACAAAAGGAUCGAAAAAUAUUGCAGUCACUAUUUUAACUAAGAUUGUUGGUGUAAAUUUGGAAAAUUAUUAAAGAAAUUUUGAAAUGGCUCCCGCCGAAGAUGUAGAAAUGAAAAAUGUGGAAAGUCCUGCAGCAGCUAGUGAUGCAGAAACCCCGGAGGUCAAAAAAGAUGCUGAUGUGCUUGCAGUUCAAGAUUUGAGGGAACAUGUAAGACAAAUAGAUAAAGCUGUUGCUUCCAAAGAGCCCAGAUUUGCUAUGAGAGUUUUGAGGUCGCUUCCUAGCACCAGAAGGAAGCUGAACGGUAACGUUUUGCGUGCUAUUUUCAACCAACUUUAUCCGUCUAAUGCUGACAAAGAAAGUUUAAUUGCAUUUGUGGAAAGCCCUCUGCCUGGCGCAGUGGAGAUAGAACCACCCCGCUCUCGCAGUGCACCCAAACAACCAGUGCCUGAAGUGGAUGUUUACUUGCACCUGUUGGUACUGCUGCGCCUGCUCGACACUAACAGGUUGGAAGAAGCUACUGAGUGCUCACAGCAGUUGAUGAAUAAAGUUCUAGCACAGAACAGAAGAACCCUUGAUUUGAUUGCUGCCAAGUGCUACUUUUACCACUCAAGAGUCUUUGAAUUGACAAACAAGUUGGAUCUUAUUAGAGGACUACUUCAUGCAAGACUCCGCACUUCUACCCUGCGAAAUGAUUAUGAAGGCCAAGCAGUACUCAUUAAUUGUCUCUUGCGCAACUAUUUGCAUUACUCUUUGUAUGACCAGGCAGACAAACUGGUCAGUAAGUCAGUUUUCCCAGAAAAUGCAAGUAAUAAUGAGUGGGCAAGAUUCUUGUAUUAUCUUGGAAGGAUCAAGGCUGCCCGUCUAGAGUACAGUGAUGCUCACAAACACCUAGUGCAAGCUUUGAGGAAGGCUCCUCAGACUGCUGCUGUUGGUUUCCGUCAAACUGUUCAGAAGUUGGCAAUUGUUGUUGAGUUACUAUUGGGAGAUAUACCAGAAAGGGCCAUAUUUAGACAAGCACCUCUACGUAAGGCUUUGGCACCUUAUUUCCAACUAACUCAGGCAGUGAGGCUUGGAAACUUGCAGAGAUUUGGUGAGGUACUUGAGAAUUUUGGCCCUCAGUUCCGUAAUGAUCACACUUUCACAUUGAUUCUUCGUCUCCGCCAGAAUGUAAUUAAAACUGCCAUCCGUUCGAUUGGACUCUCAUACUCCCGUAUUUCACCUAAAGAUAUUGCCAGGAAAUUGGGUCUGGACUCUGCUGAAGAUGCAGAGUUUAUUGUCGCCAAAGCUAUCAGGGAUGGAGUUAUUGAGGCUACCCUUGAUCCUGAAAAGGGAUACAUGAGUAACAAGGAAAGCUCUGACAUCUAUUGCACGAGGGAGCCACAGUUGGCAUUCCACCAGCGCAUAUCAUUCUGUCUGGACCUGCAUAACCAGAGUGUGAAGGCUAUGAGAUACCCACCAAAAUCUUAUGGCAAGGAAUUGGAGAGUGCUGAAGAGAGACGUGAGAGAGAGCAACAGGAUUUGGAACUGGCCAAGGAAAUGGCUGAGGAAGAUGAUGAUGGUUUCCCUUAAAUCUCCUUUAUUAAAGUUAAAUUAAUAACUGAUUCAUUAGAUAUGUAAUUUGUGCAUUAACCAUAAUGUAAUAAAAUAUAACUAAAUGUUUUUGAUUA